AAGUUUUCCAUGUAAAUCUCCCAAAUUUUGGGAUGCUUUUGGUCGGUUGUUGAAAUUAGGGUUUGCAAAAAACCCAAACUAUUGAUUCCUUCAUUGUUGCAGGAGCAAUAUUGUCUCGUUGUUUGUAAAUUACUGUUCUUUAUACAUUUUUGUCAGUGCUGUUAGUUUGAUAUUUCCAUUGAAGUUGGUUCUGUUUACUCUACGGACUCAAAUUCAAAUUCUUUCCUUGUGAACUUUGUUGGCUACAAAAUAUUGGUUUAUUAACAUGUUAUUGUAUCCCAUUGGCAAUAAGUGUCGUUUCAGAAUCCAUCCGAGUUGUUUGAUUUAGAGAUUGUUCAAUGGAGUUUGAUGAAUAUGAUUAUUUAGAGAAGAUGGUGGAAAAUACGGACCCUCAGAAAUUGAAGGAAGCAGCAAAUGGUGGGGAAGAAACACUUAAAUCCGAAAAGAAAGAACGGACCCGUAGUUCAAAGCACAAAAUUGAUGAGAACGAUAAUGAUUUGGAUCACCGGGCAAAGCGAUCGAAGUCCAGAGGUGAGUCUCGUGACCGUGACCUAGAGAGGGCCUCGUCACGACAUCGAUCGUCUCCAAGAGAUGGAGAAAAGAUUGACAGGGACCGACAUAGAAGUCGUCGAGAUCAUAGAGACAAGGACAGGGAUAGGGACCGGGAAGAGAGGAAUGGAAAGGACAGAACCCGAGAGCGAGACCGGGAAGAGAGGAAUGGAAAGGACAGAACCCGAGAGCGAGACCGGGAAGAGAGGAAUGGAAAGGACAGAACCCGAGAGCGAGACCGGGAAGAGAGGAAUGGAAAGGACAGAACCCGAGAGCGAGACCGGGAAGAGAGGAAUGGAAAGGACAGAACCCGAGAGCGAGACCGGGAAGAGAGGAAUGGAAAGGACAGAACCCGAGAGCGAGACCGGGAAGAGAGGAAUGGAAAGGACAGAACCCGAGAGCGAGACCGGGAAGAGAGGAAUGGAAAGGACAGAACCCGAGAGCGAGACCGGGAAGAGAGGAAUGGAAAGGACAGAACCCGAGAGCGAGACCGGGAAGAGAGGAAUGGAAAGGACAGAACCCGAGAGCGAGACCGGGAAGAGAGGAAUGGAAAGGACAGAACCCGAGAGCGAGACCGGGAAGAGAGGAAUGGAAAGGACAGAACCCGAGAGCGAGACCGGGAAGAGAGGAAUGGAAAGGACAGAACCCGAGAGCGAGACCGGGAAGAGAGGAAUGGAAAGGACAGAACCCGAGAGCGAGACCGGGAAGAGAGGAAUGGAAAGGACAGAACCCGAGAGCGAGACCGGGAAGAGAGGAAUGGAAAGGACAGAACCCGAGAGCGAGACCGGGAAGAGAGGAAUGGAAAGGACAGAACCCGAGAGCGAGACCGGGAAGAGAGGAAUGGAAAGGACAGAACCCGAGAGCGAGACCGGGAAGAGAGGAAUGGAAAGGACAGAACCCGAGAGCGAGACCGGGAAGAGAGGAAUGGAAAGGACAGAACCCGAGAGCGAGACCGGGAAGAGAGGAAUGGAAAGGACAGAACCCGAGAGCGAGACCGGGAAGAGAGGAAUGGAAAGGACAGAACCCGAGAGCGAGACCGGGAAGAGAGGAAUGGAAAGGACAGAACCCGAGAGCGAGACCGGGAAGAGAGGAAUGGAAAGGACAAAGACCGAGAGCGGGAUAGAGCUAGAGACAAAGACAAAGGAAAGGACCAGGAUCGAGACAUAGAUAGAGACAAAGAGAGGGACUGUGAUAGGGAUAAGAGAGAGCAUAAACCUGACAAUGAAAGGGAGAAGGAUAAAGAGCAAGAGCGGUCACGUAGAAGUAUAAGCCGUCCAGAAAUGCAUCGGGAUGAGCAAGUUAGAGAGAAGAGUUGGGACGGGGAGUUCAAAGAAAGGGAAAGGGAGAAGGAAUUUAGAGAACGGGAUCGAGAAAACAGGUAAU